AUGACUGAGGGGAAAAAGAAAGACUAUGAUCCUACUACUUUAAAUCUAGCACUUAAUGAAAUAAGAGAAACUGGUAAAAUUCGAGAAAUAGCGCGAACAUACAAUAUUCCCAAGUCUACCUUACAUUUCAAACUCAAAAACCCAACCCAUAGAACAUCAUUUGUUCCACCUCCCGUUCUGACUGAAGAAGAGGAGCGCACUUUAGAGGUUUGGAUAAAGGAAGUAAUGAAGAAAGGAUUCCCUUUAAAAACUGAUGACUUAAAACAAAGUGUUUUUAAGUUUUUGACCGAAAAUCCACGACCCAAUAAGUUUAUAAAUAAUUAUCCUGGAGAUGGAUGGGAGCCAUCUAGGAUCUAUAAUGGCGACGAAAGUGGAUUCCAAUUAUGUCCAAGAACGGGUAAAGUGCUAGCAGAGAAAGGAACCCAAAAUGUAUAUAAAGUUGAUCAAGGUAAUGCUAAGGAGUCAGUAACAGUAAUGUUCACUUUUUCCGCUGAUGGUACCGCGUGUCCACCUAUGGUUGUUUACAACUAUCAAAGAAUACCUCAAAAAAUUGCGGACGGAGUUCCCAAAGAAUGGGGAAUUGGUAGAAGUGAAAAUGGAUGGAUGACAUCCGAACUAUUCUUCGAAUACAUAGCAAACAUAUUUCACCCUCACCUGAUUGCCAAAGGCGUGCAAUUUCCUGUCAUAUAUUUUUUAGAUGGACAUAAAACUCUUAUCCAUCUUACUUAUGGUGUAAGUAAGCUGUGCAAAGAGUUGGGAAUCGAAGUAAUAGCAUUGUAUCCUAAUGCUACUAGAAUCCUGCAACCGGCCGACGUAGCCGUAUUUAGGCCAGUUAAGGCUGCUUGGAAAGACGCUGUAAAGUUAUGGCAUUUAGAAAACAACGGCGAACCAAUUACAAAAUACCAUUCGAUCCUAAGUCCUAACGCAGUAGACUAUUCGAAGUGCCUCGGUGGGAUAAACAACAAUAAUAAUUCAGGUACAGAUGUUCUGUCUGUUCAGCAACAACCUGAAACAAAUUCUUCAAAUGUAAUUACUUUGGCGAAAUUUAAAGAAUUGGUUGGAUCAUCUUUUAUGUCAAAAUUGUAUGCUUAUGAUAAUAACCCUGUAGAUGACGAAAACGUGAAUAUUUUGUACCGUCUCUACUCAGUAUUUGACGUUUACUGCUCUCAGUCAUCAUCCGCACAAAGUAAUUUAACCAGCCGUGCAGAAAAUAUACCUUUGGAGAAUAUAGAUUCGCCUUUGACCAUUCAGCCCAUUGAAGAAAUAGAAAUGAAUAACGAAAGUCGAUGUGAUAAAGAUAUGACACAGAAGCAAAUAUUUGGUGCACCUGGAAAUUACGAAGUAAAUGUGUUACAGUGUAUAUUUUCUAAGAAUGAUGAUUUGAAUGAAGAUCUUCUUAUAUCCGAUGUUGUUCCUGAAAGUUCAGAAAACAUGACUCCAGCCAAACAAAUUAUUAAUUCUAAUAAUAUUUCUCCUUUUGGAUUUUUUUUGACUUUGCCAAAAACACCCGAAAGAAAAGGUAAAAGAAAACCGUGA